CUCCAAUCAUCACUAAUAUUUUCAUCAGGAAAUUAAGUUUUUUUUCCUUCUUUUUUCAUUCCUAAAUGGAUAUUACUUGUGGAAGAGUAAUAAAUAUAGUUCCUAAAACUUUUGUGACAAACCAGUCCUCGAAAAUUAUAGCUACGCGUCCUAUGUUUGUUCCACAACUCGGUGGUUCUAAUUCUCAACGAACGACGUUGUCUAGCAUCAAUGCGCAAUUACGAAAGCCGGUUUUGCCUAAAGCACUGCCUCAAGUCCAGGAAGGCAAAGAAGCUGAAGGCCAACAAUUUUCAAUGCCACCAAUGAAAUAUGGCGAAUUUAUCGCAACUCUACCUACGCGAAAUGACUGGAAAUUCAUGCCUCUUCACUUGUACCAAGGUGCAUGGUACUUCACCAUUUACCUAGAUGCUGUUUUAGAAGCUCAAGAGAAGUUUCAAGCUCAACCUGACGACGUUGUCAUUUGUACAUACCCUAAAACCGGCACUACUUGGAUUAAGGCCUUAGUUUUCGCCCUAACUACACGCUCCCGCUACCCCAUUUCUGAGAGUCCUUUGUUGACAUCUACACCGCACGAUUUGGUUCCUUUUCUUGAAAUCGAAGCCUCUCAAAGUGAAACCUACACUCGUGACUCCGAAAAUCCACUCGUCGCUACUCAUAUUCCUUAUCAUUCCUUGCCAGAAUCUAUAGAGACACUGGGAUGCAAGAUUAUUUAUCUUUGCAGGGAUCCGAAGGAUGUCUUAGUAUCGAUGUGGCAUUUCUUCAGAAAAAGACUGCCCGAAGGAAUCGACAAAGAUGCGUAUCUUAGUAUGGAAGAUUCUUUCGAUUCGUUUUGUGAUGGAGCUGCAUUUAACGGACCAUAUUGGGAUCAUGUAGCUGGAUACUGGAAGGCUAGCCAAGAAAAUCCUGACAAGGUUUUGUUCAUUAAAUAUGAAGAUUUGAAAGAGGACAUCGUUCCGAAUGUUACGAAGCUGGCCGAGUUUCUUGGCUGCCCUUUUACUUCCGAAGAGGAAGAACAAGGCGUAGUUCAACAAAUUAUUGAUUUAUGCAGUUUCGAGAGUUUGAGCAAAUCAAAGGUGACUGAAGAAGGUAAUUACAGUUCAAAUUCACCUUUUGUCAUUAAGAACAGUUUAUUUUAUCGAAAGGGUGAGAAGGGAGACUGGAAAAACUAUUUCAGUGAAGAAAUGGGAGCUCGUUUGGAUCAAAUUAUUGAAGAGAAAUUGAGUGGAUCCGGCUUUUCAUUUCUUUCUCCGCAAUAAUUCAAGUGAUUGAUUUUUCAUAUGUUUUGAUAUGAGAAAAUAAAAAUGGCUAUGAAAAAGCUAUUGGAUUACCUUAUUGCAUAGCGUUUUGUGUAAUAUGCUUGUUUUGUUGUAUGGUUUUCUAGUUUGGUAUAUUUGUUGUAAAAAUGUAUUAUUUGAGUGAAAUACUAAUUUGUGUUUAUUUUAUAUUAA